AUUUUCGCAACUUCACCCAUGGCUUGGUAUCGAGGGAUGGACUGAAAUUCAAGCGAACCGUAGCCGAAGCUGACUCAUGCCCCUGCGCCAAACAGACUUGUCAAGCAAUCUGCGAAAUUGGAGGAACGGAAAUGACGGUGUCAAGUUGCCUAUCAUGAUGUUUGUGAUUGACACAGCUGGGCUCGUGUUACGCCUCCUCCUCCUCCUUCCAAUCUAUAGGAUAAAGGUUAACUUUUUGGACUCUGUAAGCUACGCAAAAAUGAUGAACAUCACUCGUCAGUUAAGACCCAGCCUCGCGAAGGCGCUGAUGCCAACAGCAAUGCGCGCCAUGUCCGCGGACUCGAAGUUGGUGGAGCUCACCAUGAACGAAAAAACAGGAAUUGCCACCGUCACCAUGAAUCGUCCGCCGGUAAACAGUCUGAACCUCGAACUGCUGCAGGGUUUGCUGAAGGCCUUUGAAGCUUUAGAGGAUGACAGGAAGUGCAGAGGCAUGAUUCUGACAUCUAGCUCGCCUACUGUGUUUUCUGCCGGCCUUGACAUUAUGGAAAUGUACAAGCCGAAACCUGACCGGGUCAAGGCAUUCUGGACCACCUUGCAGGAUGUUUGGUUGGCUCUCUAUGGCUCCUCGUUUCCCACCGUGGCUGCUAUUAAUGGACACAGCCCUGCAGGUGGAUGUCUGCUCUCCCUGUGCUGCGAGUACAGAAUAAUGUGCCCGAAUUAUAGCAUUGGGUUGAACGAGACCAAACUGGGCAUCGUCGCCCCCAAGUGGUUCAUGUCUUCGAUGUUGGGAGCCAUUCCCUACCGCGAGGCUGAACUUGCCUUGACAAGUGGCCGCAUGUUCUCCACUGACGAGGCUUUGAAAAUUGGACUGAUUGACGAAGUCGCCUCCGACAAGGCUGAUGCCAUUGCUAAAUCGGAAAAAUUCCUUUCCCAAUUCGCCAAAAUCCACCCAAUCGCUCGCAAGCUGACUAAAUUGAACUUGCGCCACAGUGCUCUUGAAUGGAUGCAGGAAAACAAAGAAUUGGAUUUAAACAUCUUCAUCAGCUUUGUUGGCCAGCCCAUUGUGCAGAAGAGCCUGGAAAAGUAUUUGGAAGGACUGAAGGCUAAGCAAGCAAAGUAAUCUCACCUGGUGUUAAAAGGUGUAUCUUGUUUUUGUUGUAAAUUAUAUUCAAAAUAGAAUAUUUAUAAUUUUUUAUGGA